AAACUUUUAGGAAAGGAUUUUUUGCGCGACGCGUUCCCGAACAGUGUGCCUCACAAGAGAGAAGAAUUUUAUUACUAAUUGAUUCAAUAUUAGUGUUAUUCCGGUUUAAUUUGUGCUCAUUUCUGUUUCUUCAGUUAACGGGUUAAAAUGCCCCGGUCAUUUUUGGUAAAAAACAAAAGGUGUACGUCCUAUAAUGUCCAUCGGUCGUAUGAAGAAGAGCCGAUCGUCUCCAUCUGUGCUGCUCAGGCUCAGGCGGACAGGCCUCCGUCAGAGGAGCUGGGCUCCCCUGUAGACCCCUGCUCCCUGAAAGAAGAGGCAGAGCUUCACUGUCCCUUACCUGUCCACCCAGAGCCAACUGCAUCUCCUGUGGCUCCCACACAGCCAUACUACCUAACUGAACCUCACGUGGCUGAGUUCCCACCUUAUUACAAGCCAACAUUUGGCUGGGAGUCGGUGUCCUCCGCCUAUGAGCUCCGUCAGUUGAGCUUCAGCCCCACAGUGCUGCAGCAUGCCAGCAGUCUGUACGGCUCGCACAUCAGCCGCAGCCCACAGCCGCAACAGCCUCUGGACUGCAGUACACACUACUCCCCCUCCUCUAACACCUACCACUGCAUCACCUGUGACAAGGUGUUUUCGACUCCUCAUGGAUUGGAGGUUCACGUCAGGAGAUCUCACAGUGGCAUGAGACCUUUCGGCUGCAGCAUCUGCAGAAAAACCUUUGGUCACGCAGUCAGCUUAGAGCAGCACAUGAAUGUCCACUCUCAGGAAAAAAGUUUUGAAUGCAAGAUGUGUGGGAAAUCCUUUAAGCGCUCCUCCACGCUCUCCACACACCUACUCAUCCACUCCGACACAAGGCCCUACCCCUGCCAAUUCUGCGGGAAGAGGUUCCACCAGAAGUCUGACAUGAAGAAGCACACGUACAUUCACACAGGUGAAAAGCCCCACAAAUGCCAAGUGUGCGGGAAAGCAUUCAGCCAAAGUUCCAACCUGAUCACCCAUAGCAGGAAGCACACAGGCUUCAAGCCAUUUGGGUGCGACAUUUGCUCAAAGGGCUUCCAACGAAAGGUGGAUCUUCGCAGGCACCAUGAGAGCCAGCACGGCAUGAAAUGACUCGGCGACGAGAGCAAAGCCCCUUGUACAUAUCAGACAUCUAUUAAAACAAUAAUGUGAACUUGAUAUAUAUUAUAAAUACCUGUUGUAUUUUAUUCUUGUCACAGAUACAGGAUGGCUGUAAAGAAGCUGUGAGUAUUUCAGGGAGUUUAACUUGAGAAAAUGUGUAAUUUAUUGGAAUACUUUUUUUUUCUUUAGAUUUAAGGAUGAAGGGUUGAUGUUAUGAUUCUAUGUUAAUUCAAAGAGUGAAUAGUUUUGUUCUGUAUAUUUAAGAUAUGCUUUUUU